CCCGUCCAUGGGCGCGCUGGAGCCGGGCACCGGAGCCCCCCGGGCCGCCGCCCCCAUGCUCAGCGCCGCCGCCAGCUUCGCCAAGGAGCCGCCGGGCCCCCGGGACGCCGCCGCCGCCGCCGCCGCUUUCUUCGGUGAUGGAGGGGCACCGGAACCGGGAGCCCCCCCGCUCCCUUACGGCGCUCCCGGCGGCUUCGGCGGCCGGUUCCUGGGGCCGUGCCCGCCCUACCGGGCGCCGCCGCCUCCCGCCCAGCCGGUGGAAGGUUACGGGGGCGCCGAGGGCGGUUUCGGCGGCGGGGGGGGCCCGCUGUGCCCCCCGCUCUGCGCCCUGCCCGGGUACCGGGCGGCCGGGAAGCUGCAGGUGAUGCUCAACAAUUACCCGCUCUGGGCCAAGUUCCACAAGCACCAGACCGAGAUGAUCAUCACCAAACAGGGCAGGCGAAUGUUCCCCUUCCUCAGCUUCAGCCUGUCGGGGCUGAACCCCGCGGCGCACUACAGCGUCUGCGUGGACGUGGUGCUGGUGGACCACCACCACUGGCGCUACCAGGGCGGAAAGUGGGUGCAGUGCGGGAAGGCCGAGGGCAGCAUGCCAGGGAACCGCCUGUACCUGCACCCCGACUCGCCCAACACGGGCGCGCACUGGAUGCGCCAGGAGGUUUCCUUCGGGAAGCUGAAGCUCACCAACAACAAGGGAGCCUCCAACAACGUCGGGCAGAUGAUCGUGCUGCAGUCGCUGCACAAGUACCAGCCGCGGCUGCACGUCACCGAGGUGAAGGAGGGCGAGGGGGAGGACGGGCACCCCUCCCCGCACACCCACACCUUCGCCUUCCCCGAGACGCAGUUCAUCGCCGUCACCGCCUACCAGAACGCCGACAUCACCCAGCUGAAGAUCGACCACAACCCCUUCGCCAAAGGAUUCCGGGACAACUUUGACUCGAUGUACCCGGCCUCGGAGAGCGACCGCCUGACGCCGUCCCCGCCGGAGGCUCCGGGCUGCCCGCAGCUGCUGGCCCCGCGCUUCCAGCCCUUCGUGCCCGAGCAGCUCCCGCUGCCCCCGGGCCGCUUCUUCGGCGGGGAGCGGGGGGCUGCGCUGCCGCUGCCCCCCAAGGACCCCCCGCCCUGGUUCUUCCCCGCGCAGCAGCCCCCCGGCCCCGGCGCGCUGGACUACGGCGGCUACGAGGGGGGCUACGGGGGGGGCAAGCUGGUGCCCUACGGGGUGAAGCCCCUGGCGCUGCCCCCCGCCCCGCACCCGCCCCUGCCCUACUACCCCGAGGGCCCGGGGGGCCUGGGGGUCGCGGGGGGCUGGAGCCCCGCGCAGUUCGGCCCCAAGGGCGCCGCGGCUCUGGGCUGGUACCGGGAGCCCCGCGAGGAGAAGGGCCGCGACGCGGAGGGCUGGGCCGGCGAGCCCCCCGCGGGCGCGGAGCCGGGGCCGUUCGAGUGCAAGCGGCGCAGGGUGUCCCCGUUCCCCGAGAGCGCCGGCAGCGCCUCCCCGCCGGCAACGGCGGCGCCUGCGAGCGGGAGCCGCUCGCCGACGGCGGCUACUACGGCUACUACGGCAACUGAGCCGGCCCGGGGGCGAGCGGGGGGCACGGCCCCGCCGGCACCCCCGCCCUGCGUGCCCCCCACCCCCAAACCCCGGGCCGGCUGGAGCGGGGGGGCUCGGCGCGACAAUCAGCCCCCGGUGCCACCCCGGUGGGGCCGCGGGGGCGGGCGGGGGGGACGGGGUGAGGGGUUUUUUUUUGUGUUGGUGGUUUUUGAGGGAGGGGGGUUAAUGCUGAAGUAUUUAUUGAGUCCCCCCCCCGCGCCCGGUGUGGGGCGGGGGGCAGCGGCACGUGGCAAUAAAGGGGGCACUGGGGGACACGGCUCUGGGCAAUCCUGUGCGUGUGGGGAGGGAAACUGAGGCACGGGGAGGGACCUGCGCAUCGCCAGCCUGAUUUGGGAGGGGGUCCCGAGCCCCCCAGGGGUGGUGGUGGUGGGGGGGAGAAGGAAUCUCCCUGCACACCCCAACUCUUCACAGCCUUUAUUAGAGCAGCCCCUGUG